UUAAACUAAUGCUUAUUUGAUCGAUUUGUGUUUCCUUUUCUCUUCUUCUGCCCAAUCCCGAUUGACAUUUCUGCUGUUUGCUUCUUUUUCACUUUUUUCAUCUGGGCAAAAAAGCUAAUGCCCACUUAUUUCUUUGAACAAAACUCCAAAAGUUAACUCAUGGGCUUCCUUCAGGAGGGGCUUUCCUCUUCUCAUUUGGGCUAAAUUUGCAGAUCUGUGGCCUUUCUUUCAUUCCUCGUUUACUGGGAGUAGUAAGCUUGCUUACAACUUCAUUCAUUUCUCUCUUGUUCUUCCUCCUCCCUCUGCCUGAAGGGAAGACGAAGCUCGUUCAGGUAGCAUUAGAUGGGAAAAAUCGCUAAUGGGUUUCGAAGGAAACUUCUCUUUCUCUAGAAGAUUGCCACUCUGUGUUCAUCUAAAUGGGAAAAUGAAACUGGGUUUUGAAUUUGAUUUCAUUUUCUCUCCAUAAGAUUGAACACCCUUUGAGGGAUUUAGGGUUUUUGAAGUUUUUUUUAACAGUAAGAUAGAAAGUUUGGUGGAUCUUUGAUUUGCCAGAGGCAAAGAUGAUUCAGUUGUUGUUCUUGGUUAUUUUUGCUGAGGGAGUCGUGGUGUUCCUCUUGCUGGUCAAGAUUGGGCUCCUGAGAGAGUUUGUCAUAAAGAAUCUGGAUCAGCUGAAGAUGGGCAAAGGCCCAGCAACUGUAAAAACAAUUGCUGCUACCAUGUCUGUCAUUCUCUUGUCCAGUCUUAUGAACAUUGUUAAGAUCCAGAACAAAGGUGCAAAGCUUGGGACAAUGUCGCCCAUGGAUCAGGUUCUGUGGAGGACGCAAUUGCUUGAGGCUUCACUCAUUGGUUUUACAUUAUUCCUGGGUUUCAUAAUCGAUCGCAUGCACGAUUAUUUUCAAAAGCUUAUUGGAUUAAGAGAGAGCAUCGAAACUUCAAAAGAGGAAGUAGAAAAACUGCAAAAAGAGAAGAUAAAGCUAUCAGAAAAGGAAGAGAAAUCUUCCAAGCAAAUAAAGGAGCUGCGAGAAGAAUUGUCAACUUUAUCAGAAAACUUGAAGAAACUGAAGCAGGAAUGUGAAGAAAAAGAUAAAAGGAUUGAAACUGCUGAUGCACAUGUUAGUUCCCUCCAAAAACAAGCUGCCGAUCUACUUCUCGAAUACGAUCGUCUUUUAGAAGACAACCAAAAUCUUCAAAAUCAAACAUUAGGAGGAUAUAGAAAGUGAGAAAUAAUUUUAUUUGCAGGAUAUUUUGUCACUUGAAUGGGAUAGAAAAGGGGCUGUUGGCUCAAAGAUGAUGCUUGUUUCAUAGGUUGGAGAGAGAGAAAUGGAGACUGUGGGAUUCCAUUGAUUAAUGUUGUUCAAAGGUUUUGUGAUUCUCAUGAUUCUGGAAACCUCAAUUUGCCAUUUUUUCAGUGUGUUUUUAAAUGAAAAUGCCAACUUCUGAUCCA